AUGCCCCAUAAAUACAUCCGUAAACAAAGCACACCAGAAAGGGGUUCUUGUUCCCCUAGAGCUUUUAGUGAUGCAGUAGAUGCUGUGAAGAAUGGCGAUAUGGGCAUCAAUGAAGCCGCCAAAGCAUUUGGGAUACCAAAAACAACUUUCAAGCGUCGGUUAAAAGCAAACAACACUGAUAAGAAUGAUCGAUCGGGCCCGGAUUGUUCUUUGGGCUCGAAUGCUGAACUUAAAAUUGUUAAUCACAUCAAGAAACUGCAAAAGGCAGGCUUUGCACCCACCAGAACUGAAGUAAAAAUCAUGGCGUUUAAUUUAGCUCAGCGAAUGGGGAUCCCAAAUAAAUUUAAUCAAAAAGAAGGUAAAGCUGGCCAAAAAUGGUUAGAACUAUUUUUAAAGCGAAGACCUGAAAUUUCAAUCAGGAAAUCGGAAAACACCUCAAUUGCGCGAGCUUUGGAAAUGUCCAGAGAAACCGUUGGUAAUUACUUUUCUGAUCUCGAGAGAAUUAUGACUGAACAUAACUUUUAUGAUAAACCCGGGCAUAUAUUUAAUACAGACGAAACAGGAUUACAGCUGAAUACCAGAGCUGGCCAGGUACUAGCCGAAAAAGGCUCAAAAUGCGUUCCUAGUGUAAGCCCUGGGGAAAAAGGCGAAACAAUCAGCGUUAUAGCAUGUUGUAGUGCAGAAGGGAUUUUCUUGCCCCCGUAUUGUAUUUUCAAAGGAAAAAAUGGAAAAGGGGACUGGUUAGAAGGUAUGCGACCGGGUUCUAAGAUUAGAAUGUCAGAAAAAUCAGCUUACGUUAACAGCGACAUUUUUUUAGAGUGGUUACGAACCCAUUUUCUACCAAGAAAGCCCCCUGGUAAAACUUUAUUGAUAUAA